GGAUGCGCUCUCCCCCUGCUGUUAAAUUAUGCUUUUUGCACUUUGUGUCCGAGGUCUAAAAUAAGUUUGUUUAAUGAUUUUUAAUGGCAGAGUAAAUAUAUUUUAGGUGAAAACACGACAUUGAGCGGUCCAACAAAGUUGCUCAAAAAUUCAUCGUCAUGUUUAUCCCAACUAACUACGACUUUCUCCUUGUAGCUGGCCACAAUGUGAUAUUAAACAACAAACUCAAUUUCCCAUAAGUCCCGGUAUGGGGGACGCACAGUUGCGUUACAACGUAAGCUGAAGUCUGGUUGAGGCAGUCCAGCCAGAGGCCAUAUUGGAAUCUAUGAAGUCGGCUUGCACUUUGAUGGAAUUGAGUGUCUGUCGUUUUGGGAGUCUCUAAAUCGCUAUCCCGGAGUUAUACCCGAGUGAUUGCGCCACGCAUUCCACUCGAGACCCUGCCAAGUCUGGACGGCAAGUUGUCUCGCUUCUUUUGUGGAAAAAAAUGAGUCCAACCGAUGCUAAACGAGGGGCUAAACGCAGGAAGAACAAGCGGGGCGGUGGCGGUAGCUGCAGUGCUGUCUGCAACACCAGCGGUGGUAAGGCCGGGGUUGCCUCGGCUCUGGGCUGUGCGGGAACGGGAACACCUGCCUCUGUCGUCAGCUUCUUAACACCUGGGGGUACAGGCAACGGGAAUAUGGGGUCCAUCACGGGCAUAAACGGAGAGGUCAACAUGAACAACAGUGUUACACCGCAGUUUACAGAAGGACCAGUGAACGCUGACUUCUCCGGAGUCCUUCAGACCCCAUUCACGUUUGGCUUGAACCAGCGGGCGCCCUACACGGCCGGUGAUCGCUGCCUGUUAUGCCGAUGUGAGCGUAAGGACAGUGCCGUUCCUUCCGAGGCAGGGAUCUCAGGCCAGAACGGUACGGCACAGCCUGCCAAGACACCCAGUGCCCUCCAGCUGCCUUUGUGGGUGUGCUUUGACUGCAGGCGCACAGUUGAGAAGGAGGACCGACACACUGCUCUGGAGCAGUCAUUGGGGAACCAGGACUUCCUUUUGCACAUGCCUGUGGGUAAUGGAAACCUGGGCCAGGAGGCAGCCACAGGGGACAGACUGACCACUGCUGCGCCUACACUACCCAUGCUCCCUGCCCCGGACCUUACCGCACCAAUGCCUGCUGAUACAGUGUGCAGCUGUGAAGCCUGCAACGAGAGACGGGAGAUCUCUGCUGAGUCAGAGCGAGAGUCACAGCAGCUGCAGAACCACUGGUCGGAGGUUCGCUACCUGGUGCGCUGCAUCUACCGUCAGACAGGAACACCACUAGCAGAUGACCAUGACCAGCCCCUAGAGAGAGACAGGGAGGGCAUGAAGGAGCUGGUGGACAGACUCUGUGAGAAGGACCCCUACCAGCUAUAUCAGCGGUUGGAGCAGCAGGCUCGAGAAUAUGUCUUGGAAAUGAAGGUGCGGCUAUUGAAGCACCUCUCUGCAGGCUCCAAGACUACGGGACAAUCGGGGACCGUGGCUGCAGCCCAGGGUCCUCCUCAGGCCCACCAGUUCAUCUCCCUGCUGCUGGAGGAGUACAGUGCCCUCUGUCAAGCUGCACGCACCAUCAGCAGCUUCCUACUCACCCUGGAGAAUGAGCACCUCCAGAAAUUCCAGGUGACGUGGGAGCUGCACAACAAGCACCUUUUUGAGAAUCUGGUGUUCUCUGAACCGAUCUUGCACAGCAGUUUACCUGCACUGGUUGCACAGCUGAAACAUGGCACAGCCUCCCAUGAUUCAUACAAUGAAGACAUGUAUAGGACCUUGUUAGAGAGCUACCAGCAGCUACAGCAGGAGAUGUCCUCAGUGGCUGCUGAAUGGCAGGAGUGUGAGAAGAGGAUUGAUGACUAUGUAGAUGAACAGCUGCUUUUUAAGGUGGAGGGUCAGAGUCUCACCAACCAAAGAACAGAGCCACACAAGUCCUUGAUUAGCAAAAACACUUUAAAGACUAAGCAGCGAAUGCUGAAGGAGGACUGGGAGUUCUUUAAGCAGAGGAGAUUUAUAGAAGAACAGUUACCUAACAGUAAGAAGCCCCCAAGCGGAGAUAACAACUUCACAGACACAAUGAGGAUGCUGUCAUCUCGUCUGAGUAUUCCAGACUGUCCAAACUGCAAUUAUCGAAGAAGGUGCACAUGUGAUGACUGUAGUCUCUCGCACAUCCUGACAUGUGGCAUCAUGGACUCUCCCAUCGCUGAGGACCUCCACAUCAAGCUGCCUCUGCAGGGGGAACCUCCCCGGGAUUACUUGGCCGAGGUUCACCCUCCGAGCCUCUCCUCUGGCAGCUCAGCAUCUGGCUCCAACUCCAGUUCACCCAUCACCAUUCAGCAACAUCCAAGGCUCAUUCUGCCUGAAGGGGAUACCAACACUUUUAUUAGUGAUGAUGAAGAAGUGCCUCCAUUGUCCAGUAAGUUUGGGGACAUCUACCCUAUGACUGGUUAUGAGGAGAGCAGUGUUGUGAACGCUGCUGUGAACGGCCUCCAUGAUGACAUCAAUGGGGAAGGGGAAAACGUUGCAUUAAAGGCAGGGUCUCCCCACAUUACCAGUAGCAUUAGUUCAUCAGAGGGUGAUGAGGAGGAAGCUGAUGGUGGGGUUGGUGGGGAACCCCGAGGGCAGCAGGAGGAGCUUUCCUCAGGGAAGACCAACAGUCCACCACCUGCUUACAACCACCAACAGGUAGAACAGGUCCAACAUGCCUGCGAGUGCCACGUAUGCAACCAGGAUCCCAGCUCCUCCACCCUGGGCCUUGCCACAUGCCUGCCCCCUAGUCGACUCCACGCUGCGCCUCCCCCGGCUGUUGGACACCAGUUCUUCACAGACAGCAAGACUCCCCCUGCCCACCCUGCCCUCCACCUCUACCCCCACAUCCACGGUCACCUGCCCCUACACAACUUCUCCCGGCCCCUUCUGCACCCCACACUCUACCCACCCAGUCCUCCUCUCACACACAGCAAGCCUCUGCCCCCAAACCCUACAUCAAACCACUCAGCGGCCAAGCAGCCAGCCUUUAGCCCGUCACUACCAGAGCAUGUCUACCAGAACUGCUUUGGUGGUGCAGGUGGAACAGGUGACUGGAACAGCUCGCUGCAGUGCCUCUCACUCAAGUUUGAGAAUCUGUGGGAUGCUGCUGUGAUGAAAAGCUGGAAUCCAUCUGUACUGUUGCCUGAGUCCCUGCCAGGUGACAUGCUUGGACCACCCCUCGCUGAAGUCCCUCUCCCUCCAACAUCAUCCAUCGGCCCCCAAGGGGAACACCCCUCACUGCCCAACCCUCUACCCACUUCCUCUUCGUCGUCAUUGUCAUCGUCAUCAUCAUUGUCGUCGUCAUCAUGCUCCUCUUCAGAAGCCAAAGAGCAGAAGAAGAGUGGGGCCAAGAAGAAGUGUCUCUACAAUUUCCAGGAUGCCUUCAUGGAGACCAACCGAGUAGUGAUGGCCACCUCCGCCUCCACAUCCUCUGUGUCGUGCACUGCCACCACUGUCCAGUCAAGUAAUAACCCACCCAUCCACCUAGCAUCUAAAAGACCCAACUCUUUAGGUAAUAUAGACGAUGUAUUUCACAAUCUAGGUAAAGAGGACCACAGGCAGCCCACUCCAGCCACCCCUAGAAACGGCUCCACAGGAUUGACCUCCCUCCCUCCGCUCUCGGGACCUGCCCUGCCCCCAGCACCCACAACGCACCUUCCCACAAUGGGAUCACAGCCCUUCCCAAAGAUGGCCGCUCCAGCCCCAGACUUUGUAGAAGCGCACCAGGGUUUGUGUCUCCCGCCUGCAGAGCCUCCAGCCUCCUCAACAGACGGUCCAGUCAGUGCUCCGCCCAGUGUCUGCAGUGAUCCUGACUGUGAAGGCCAUCGCUGUGAGGGGAAUGGAGCGUACGAGCACCAGCCGUACGAUGGAGAAGAGAGUCAGGAUGAGGACAGUUGUUCUGAGCAUAGCUCCUCCACCUCCACCUCCACCAACCAGAAAGAAGGAAAGUACUGUGAUUGCUGCUACUGCGAGUUCUUUGGGCAUGGCGGGCCCCCAGCUGCUCCUACCAGUCGAAACUAUGCAGAGAUGCGGGAGAAGCUGCGCUUACGUCUGACAAAACGUAAGGAGGAGCAGCCGAAACGUGAGGAGCAGCAGCCAGUGAUAGAACGAGAUGGAGGGGUGGAGGACCACAGGCGGGUUGAGGAUCUGUUGCAGUUCAUCAACAGUGCUGACAGUAAACCUGCCUCCAGUUCUAAGGCAGCAAAACGAGCCAGGCAUAAACAAAAGAAGAUGGAGGAGAAAGCCCGUCUAGAAGCAGAGGCCCGUGAAAGGGAGGAGCAGCUGCUGUUGGAGGAGCAGCAACGGCGACAGCGACAGGAAGAGGAAGAGGCAGCACUUCAAAAGGAACUGCUACGGCUGCAGGAGCUGCAGCAACAUCGUGCUGCUAAGAAGAAAAAGAAAGAGAAAGCAAAGGAAAACACCGCACCCCCUCAGAACAACCCACAACCCCUCAAACAGACAGCUCAGAACGUCCUAGAUAAUCUUCAGAAUGGAAAGUCACAGCUGCUUCAAACCCUCAUCCGCCUCCCCGACCAGAGGGAACCAAGAUUUGACCCCGUACCCCAGUCCAGACCACAGCACAGCCCAAAACGCACCAGUGACAAGGGGUUUUCUGCUGAGACCAACAUCCCCAACUCUCCAGCCACCCUCCACAAUGGCACUUCUACAUCUCACCUCGAGGUCAACAGUAAAGUUAAGGCCAAACAGUCUGCUAAGGUGACCACUUGCGUGGCUGCAGUAAAGAAAGCCCCAGAGUUGCCCAAGAGCUCAGAUGUGACAGCAAAGCUAACUAACAGCACCACCCCCACCACUACAGCAGACACCAAAGCAACAUCAGUCAGGCCUGCCGAGGCUCUAGCUCCUCUCCCAAUCCCUGAACCGAGGAGGGAGGACAGGAGUAACAACAGAAGUGCCAGUGGAAAAAGGCAGCAGCAGCAACAACAGCAACUCCUCACCCAAAUAAAUGAAGACAGGAGAAGUCCACCUGUGUCGAACCCCUCCCCGUCUCCCCCUCCAGCCUCCCAGUCUGAGCAGACCCAGCAGAACGGUAAACCUCCCAGUGCAGAGUCCCCACAGCCCAAAGGCAAGACCAAGAAGAACAAGAAGAAGAAGGGGGACAAGAUGAACAACUCCAUAGAUGAUGUAUUCUUGCCCAAAGACAUCGACCUGGAUAGCACUGAAAUGGACGAAACAGAGAGGGAGGUGGAAUAUUUCAAAAGAUUUUGCUUGGAUUCUGCUCGACAGACCCGUCAACGACUUUCCAUCAACUGGUCAAACUUUAGUUUGAAGAAAGCUACGUUUGCUGCACAUUAAGGGUGUUAGUGAGUGACUGUCAGGACACAAUCAGUACCUUAACAGCUAUACCAACCCACACGUUCCCCACCCCCAGCCAUCCCUUUACCUCCACACAACUGUUGUCCUCCCGAAACUUCUCUCCUGCUGUGCCCGAAUCACACCCACGCUGCCUUGCUUUGUUCUUGUCGCUGUGUGGUUCCAACACAGACCCAUCUGGACUGAUCCACCUGCAGAACUAAAACAAAAAUGAAAUGAAAUGACACAAAAAGAAUCACAAAAUGCUACUUUACAUCUGAUUAAUUUUCCUUGCGUGCUUGUGUGCUUUUAGUCUGAGUUGGGCAUUUCUCUUGACUGAAAAAGCCAUGGUCUGAAAUUAUUUUCUUAUAUUGGCUUACCUGCAGUCAAAAGAUGCUUACUAUGUCUGGAUGGUUUCCUUCCAAAAGAAGAGACAAUGGAAACUUCAAAAAAAUGAGAAAUGUAAUGAAUUAAAAGCUGUAUUUGAGAUAUUGUGGCUUACUAUCCCAUCGUUUCCCGUUCCUAGCACGGCAUAUCAUCCACAUGAUUGACAAGGGAAUGGGCUUGGUCAGCUGGUCUCCACUCCCUGAUCCCUACCCUCCCCCCUCCACCACCAUCAACACCCUAUUUCACAGAAAGGAGGAAGGCGAAAUACUUGACAAUGUUCUUUUUUGGUUUUUAAGUUCUGUUUAACAAACUGUUGAGUAAAAGUGUACCAGUUACAGUUUUUGUUUUCUUGAUUUUUGACCUGUAGCCAGCUUGUAUCAGAAUACUUUCAGAAUGAAAUUGAAAAAGAACAAUACUCACACUAUCAAUCUGUUAUAGAGUGUAUAUUGUAUUAACACUGAAGCCAAACUGGCUACUUUUAACAUAUUGUUAAGUAAUAUUAAAUCUUGUCUUUCUUUUUUGAAAGAUGGAAUACAGUA